UCUGUUAAUAAAACCUUCAAGUUUCACCCUUUUGCUUCCUUAAGUUGUAUAGAAUCCACCAUUCUUCUCUUUCUUUCUUUCUUUCUUUCUUUCUUUCUUUCUUUCUUUCUUUCUUUCUUCUCCAUCUUUAAUGUUUCCUCAAUAUCUUAUCUCCAUGAAACCAUCAAUUCUACAACAAAUAGGGUGUUCAAAUUACUAUGUAUUAGUGUUUCUUUCAUGGCUGGUGUUUGCUUGCUGCACUCAUCAGCUGAGAAGUUAUGAAACUCAGCUUCUUCUUCAGAUGAGGAAGCAUUUGGAGUACCCUCUGCCACUGAGCAAUUGGGAAAAUAACAAUGCUGAUUUCUGCAAUUUGUUCUCUUCACCACAGCUCACCAUCAAAUGCGAGAACAAUUCUGUCACCGAGCUUCGGAUCAUGGGAGACAAACCUGCAAAGGUCAGUAGUGAAUUCAGAGGGUUUGCAAUCCCAAAUCUAACAUUGACUCAGGGUUUCUCUAUGGAUUCUUUCAUUACAACCUUGGUAAGGUUGUCCAGCUUAAAGGUUGUUACUUUAGUGUCUCUAGGCAUAUGGGGCCAACUCCCUGACAAAAUCAAUAGAUUAUAUCUGCUUGAAGCUUUAGACAUGAGUUCAAAUUUCUUGUUUGGUUCAAUUCCUUCUCAAAUGUCAAGCAUGGAUAAGCUUAGGACUUUGAGCUUUGAUCAGAACUAUUUCAAUGGCAGUGUUCCUGAGUGGUUGGAUUCGUGGUCGAAUCUCACUGUGUUGAGCUUAAAGAACAACAGAUUGAAUGGUGAGGUUCCUUCUGCAGUUGCAAGAAUCACAACAUUGAUUGAAUUAGUUUUGUCUCACAACUUUCUCACUGGAAAGAUGCCUGAUCUGAGCAAACUCUCCACUUUGCAGUUGCUAGAUUUGAGAGAGAACAGUUUAGAUUCUACAUUGCCCCCUCUGCCAAAAGGGCUGGUUAAUGUAUUUCUCAGCAAGAACUCAUUUUCCGGUAGCAUACCCGAACAAUUUGUUAAGUUGGAACAGCUACAGCAUCUUGAUUUGUCGAAUAAUCAUCUUACCGGAACCCCUCCUUCUCUGCUCUUCUCUCUCCCCAAUAUUAGUUACUUGAAUCUGUCAUCCAACACUCUUAGUGGAUCACUUCCUGAGCAUCUCAAGUGCGGAGAAGGACUUAGUUUGAUCGAUCUUUCUGAUAAUAAAAUGGUAGGCCAGCUUCCUAAUUGCUUGGCAGAUGAAAGAAUAGUCGAAAUUAGUGGGAAUUGUUUCUCAACUGAUGCCAGGGAUCAGCAUUCUGCAUCAUACUGCAAAGGCGUUAGCAAGGGCGAAGGACGGUCUAGAAUGAGGGAAAUAGCCCUUCUGGCCGGAAUUGUCGUUGUAGUGAUAAUUAUCUUGCUUGUUGGUCUUAUGUUUUUCUAUAAAAGGCACCGAACACAGCAUGCACUAGUUCGGCACAUUGCACCUAAGGUUAAACAAGAUGAUCGACCAAUUUCCCCCGAUCUCCUAGCAAGUACCAAGAUACUUUCUGAAGUUGAGAACCAAAGUUCUCCAUCCUAUAGGGUGUUUACUUUACCAGAACUUAAAGAAGCUACCAAAAACUUUGAUCAGUCAACUUUCUUAGGCCAAGGUUCUUUCGGAAAGGUUUACAAGGGAAGGUUAGAGAAUGGAAGCUUUGUUGCUAUCCGAUCUUUAACUCUAUACAGAAAAUGCUCGAUUCAAAACCUCAAGCGGCGGAUUGAUUUGCUUUCAAAGCUUCGCCAUCCUCACUUGGUUGCCCUUCUUGGUCAUUGCAUUGAUGAUGGAACGCAGGACGACUCAACUGUGCAUAGGUUGUACCUCGUGCAAGAAUUCGUUCCUAAUGGAAGCUUCCGCUCUCAUCUCUCAGAGAAGGUCCUGAAGUGGCCAGAAAGAUUGGCUGUUGUAAUCGGUGCAGCCAAGGCCAUACAUUUUCUUCACACCGGGGUGAUCCCCCCUUCUCUGAGCAAUCAUCUAACGACCAACAGUAUACUGAUAGAUGAGCAUGGGAUUGCGCAGCUUAGUGAUUAUGGAAUGUCUCUCAUUGCAGAUGAAACUGAAAAAACUGAUGACGAUGUUCACAACUUCGGGUUCAUAUUACUCGAGUCACUGGUAGGUCCUAUCACAAGUUCAAAAGGCGAAGCGUUUCUGCUAAAUGAGAUGGUAUGUUAUGUUGGUUCCUUUUAUUGCAGUUUAUGGUUUAGGUGUUUGAUUCUUUAUCUUUUCCUCAAAUGGCAGACAUCGUUCAGCAGCCAAGAUGGUAGGCGAAGGAUAGUGGAACCAAUCGUGCUAGCCACGAGCUCACAGGAGUCAUUGUCCAUUGUGAUAUCCAUCACGAACAAAUGUAUAUCAGAUGGAUCCUCGGGGUGGCCCUCGUUCGAAGAUGUGCUGUGGAACUUGCAGUAUGCUGCUCAAGUGCAGGCCACGGCCGAUGCUGAUCCGGAUAGUGCAUCGCAUCAGAGCUUCGGCUAACCUCUCCUCCUCUUUGGUUAAGUUAUACUAGUAGGGAAUGUAAAUUUAGAGGUUAGAUAGUGAGUUAUGCUAUAUUGGCAAAAAUGUAAAUGCAUUCUUUUUCAGUAUUUGAUUUAUACAGUGAAGAAAUU